GCAACUCCGAGUCUGCUGAUUCGGACUCCAUCGGCACUACGUAUGAAACCGAAAGCGAUUUAUCGUGAACACGAUAUUAUUCCAGCAGCAGGGCUAGCUAGGCCUGAUAUUAUAAUAUGUUAACCGACUUGGAGUCUUAAUCUAGAUCAAGUUCGGCUAGUCGAAGGAGAGCCGUUACUCCUUUAGACAGGGCCAGGCUCAUCAGGGUAUCGGUUUUUGUUCGUGCUCUGGCUUUCGUAGACUCGAGCUCAUAUCAAGAUUAUCGAUCCCUCGACUUACAACAUGAGCGCUCGUCCUACAUCUAUUUUACAUAGAACGCCAUGGACACCUCCCAUCGCCAUCGCCACUGAUGGUGUUUACAUCGAUUUGGAGGAUGGCCGACGUGUCAUCGAUGGGAUCGGCGGUGCCGCUGUGACUUGCAUCGGCGGAAACCAUCCCAAGGUAGUCAAAGCCCUAAAAGAUCAGAUCGAUGUCAUGUCAUAUGUAUACAAUAUGCAGCUUUCCAGCCCUCCUGCAGAGGAGCUGGCUAAACUGCUCGUGGAUACCAGCAAUGGUGCCUUUGAGCAGGUCGCAUUCUUAUCUGGAGGUUCUGAAGCGAUGGAGACUGUUGUCAAACUCUCGAGACAGUAUUAUGUCGAGGUCGGGCAGCCGAAACGGACGAACUACAUUGCCCGUCAACUGUCCUUCCAUGGAAAUACCCUAAGUAAUCUGUCCCUUGCAUACCAUCCUGGCCGCCGUGCGCCGUAUGAGGCUAUUUUAGACCACCAGAAUUUCCACCACGUUUCCCCAGCGUUUGCAAAGAGGUUCCAAAAACCAGAUGAGACGGAGGAGCAGUACGUCGAGCGACUCCGACAAGAACUCGAGGACAAGUUUAUUGAACUCGGUCCCGAGACGGUAAUCGGCUUCGUCGCGGAGACUGUCGUUGGUGCGACAACAGGGGUUGUGAGUGCACCAAAGGGAUACUUCAACGCCAUGAAAUCAGUCUGUCACAAAUAUGAUGCCCUUUUCAUGCUCGAUGAGGUAAUGUCUGGCAUGGGCCGAAUGGGCACCAUGCACGCUUGGCAGAGCUUCGGUGAUGGUGCUGCACCUGACCUGCAGGCAGUAGCCAAGGGUUUGGGUGGUGGUUACGCUGCCAUAGGUGCUGUUCUCAUCUCGCCUAAAGUUGCGAAAGGGAUCAGGGGGAGUUCCGGACUGAUAAAACACGGUCACACAUAUCAGGCAAAUCCACUAGCAUGUGCAGCAUCUUUAGCUGUGCAGAAGGUCAUAAUUGAAGAGGAUCUCCUUGUGCAGUGCAGGAAGAACGGCGUACACAUGAUUGCGCUGCUGAAAGACCGCCUACAGUCCCCAAAUGCUCUCGCAGCGCCAUAUACAUUCGAUGUGCGCGGGGCUGGGGCUUUCUUUGGGGUCGAAUUCGACUUCUCCAGCCUCGAGGCACGCCGUGUUGAUAUGAAGGACCAACAAUUUGCAAUGGCGGUGCAGGCGCGCUGUCUUGAGAAUGGACUUAUUGCGAUGGGCAUGGUCGGUGGCUCCUCGCUCGAUGGAUCAAAGGGGGACCACCUCAUGCUCGGCCCUGCGUACAAUGCAACCACCGAAGAGAUAGAGAAGAUUGUGGAUAUUUUCGUAAAGAGCAUUGAGGAACAGAACUUCAGAAUCGAUGGCUGGGAGCAUGUUCUAAUGGACUAUCAACCAAUCUAUCAGCAAGAAGCCACAAGCUCCAGUGUAUCCUUGCAGCCACUAGAAUCAGAACAAGCUCACUUUCCAUCCACAUCGGCGUCGGUAUCGACUAUAGAUUUCAAGCCAAUACGUUCUAGCGCAAGAGUAAAAGCAGCCAAGCAAAAGGAGAAGGAACGCGAGCAGGCGAAAGAUAGGGAAGGUGACUCAGCAGAGCAAUACAUAGCAGUGCCAUCAGAGAGCACCCGUGAAACUAGGUCAACAACCCAGGCCAAGAACAAGCGUACUCGAGAAGGUAGUUCAGGAAACGGAAAGUUUAAAGAAUCGUCAGAAGAAACUGCCCGCGUGAGCAAGAGCAGAGCACAUCGAGCGACACUUCCCUCUACAUCCGUCCCAUCACUUGCAAUUACCGAACCAACAAAAGACCGCAAAGGCAAGAAGCGCGCCGCUCCAGAACCGGAUUCAGAAGAAGAGGGGCAGAGUACUACCUUAUCUUCUAAGCGCACAAGAACUACAGCAUAUUCCUUGAGAUCAAGAACAGACGCCUCAACCUCUGCCUCCGCACCCAUGCCUAGAAAACCCAAGUCAUCACCGAGUAAGGCGAAAGCAGCGACGAAAAGCAAAGUUGGCGCUUCUGCAGGCUCUUCGAAAAUGGCUGACGAAGACGUUGCGAUGCUUGAUACUACGAUAGUUAGGCCCGAUGAACCUGCCUAUGAAGAACACCCUGACGGCUGUGAUGACGAUGACGUCGCCAUGGAUGACCAAGAUAACGGUGGUGAUGGCGAAGGCGACGACAACGGGGAUGAAGAAGGACGCUUACCAGUUGGUGCUACUCGUGGAUUUGCUGGCCUAGACGAAUCUGCUGCGAUGGCAAUUUUUGGAGAUUAUCGCCAAUUUGGAUCAUACAUGGUUUCCCUUUCAAGUCGACUCAAGACCAUGUUGAAUAAUAUCAAAUCAACUGCGAGCCCAACCACUCGCUUGGUGACACUGCAGGAGCUUAGUGAGCUCCUCAGCAUAAGCACGGAAGAUACUUUAGCAGGCUCGUUCCAAGUGGAACAGUUUGUAAGGGAACUCGUGAAGAUCCUUGGUGGGCGUGGCGCAGAUGAAGACGAAGACGACGACGGCGGUGAUGAUGGCGAUGAUCAUGACGAGGACGCAGCUCUAGCUGCUGCAUUGGCGAUGAGCGGGGGUGGAACAUAUCAGGGCGAUGAGAAUCUCGAAGCGCAGAUGCUGGCAUGUCGUUGCCUGGCAAAUCUGAUGGAGGCUCUGCCUGGUGUAGCCCACUCCGUUGUCUAUCACGGCGCAAUACCGGUCCUUUGCAGCAAGUUGAUUGAGAUAUCUUAUAUUGAUCUCGCAGAACAGACUCUGAGCACACUGGAAAAAAUAUCCGAAGAGUUCCCUAGCUCCAUCGUACGAGAAAAUGGUUUAGCGGCACUGCUGAACUAUCUCGACUUCUUCUCCAUCGCUGUACAAAGGACUGCGCUGCAAGCUGCUGCGAAUUGUUGCAGAAAUAUCUCGCCGGAUCAUUUCCAGAUGAUUCUUGGCGUCUGGCCCAUUAUUCGCAAUUGCAUUGGCUAUUCUGACCAGAGGCUGGUUGAAUUUGCAUGCCUGUGCGUCAUCAGAGUUGUGGACUCUUAUCAUCGCUCCGCGACGGAGAACUUGGAAAGCCUGCUGGAUGAGACCGCCAUUCGUGCGAUCAAUUUACUUCUUAUGCCAGCCGGGGGUUCCCCCUUGAUUGCUGCUAAUACAUUCACUUUACUCUUGAAGGCACUGGCAACAGCCGCCCGCGCAAGCCCAAAGAUUACCCUCAAUCUACUUCAGGCAGAUAUCGUUGAUACACUUUACCAGAUCCUGACGGGAGUUCUCCCCUCAGCAUCUGGCGGUGGGGGCGAGCAAGGUGGCCAAGGGCUGGCCGGCGAUGUGACUCAUAUGACAGUCAUGGAGAAUCUUGCCCACCGAUCCAAGGAGCAAGUGGAAGAAGCCCUCAGUCUGGUGUCUGAACUAAUGCCUCCUCUUCCAAAAGAUGGCGUGUUUGAUCACAAGGGGUAUACCGACAAGGCAUUGUCACGAAUGGUAAAAGCUAAAGCCAAGGCUGAUCGCGCGGCUGCGCGUCAGGCUGUAUUCGCACCUUAUCAGCCAAGCCCUGACACAUCUGCGCAAGCAACACCUGCAGCAGAACCAUUUCAGGAUACCAGCAUGAAUGACUUUCAAAUGCAGGAUCCUGACGACAUUCUUCCUUUAACCUCUGUGGCUGAGCCUGCAGUAGCAGAUCGUUCUGAGCUUCUGCGUUCCAAGCCGGAGGUUGUCGGACGAUUUAUGCAGUUAAUGGUGCCCAUCUUGAUAGACGUAUAUGCUGCUAGCGUAAUUACCCCCGUCCGGGUUAAAACUUUGACAGGUCUACUGAAGGCAGUAGGUUUCCUUGAAGGGGAGGCGCUGAAGGACGCUUUUAAUCUAGUACCUGUUGCGAGUUUUGCCUCGUCGAUUCUAUCGUCUAAGGAUCAUCCUUCACUAGUCAUCGGUGCACUUCAGCUCGUCGAUCUUCUGCUACAGAAGCUUCCAGCCGAAUACCGCCCUGUCCUGCGGCGAGAAGGAGUAUUCCACGAAAUCGAAUCACUUGCUGCAAGAACUUUAACUUCCAUGAAAUCUAAGGAUUCAGAUGGCACCAUCGUAGCGGACCCUGUAAACGUUCCCCUUCAUAUUUCCUCUACGAUACCCGGGUACAAAAAGCUUCACUCGCUUUCUUUGGAGCCCGAGGAUGCAAUUACUUUACGGGCCCGAGUCAUCCGUUUCAAGUAUUCUUUGGGACAGGAGGAGGGAGACGAAGAUAAUGCCUUUGAUGAACUUCGCCGUCUUGUCGAUAGACUUGCUACUCCAGAUGUGGGCGAGUCGGCCAUGGUGUCUGCAUUGAGGGACAUCGCAGAUCACUUCACAUCUCACUCUUCUGUCUCAAGCUUCGAGCUUUUGCAGAGCGGAGCUGUCGACGGGUUGUUGCGCUUUGCUACUGACGCUGCCAGGAGUACAGUCACUAGCAAACGACGCCAAGAGUUAUUGUAUGAUGCAUUUAGCCGUAUCCCGAGAGGUGGAACUGUUACUCAGUCUCCACUUGCUGUUUUGGUGAAGAAGCUGCAGGAGAGUCUCACGAGAAUGGAGGACUUUGAUGUCGUCACUGUUUCACAAGGAACAGACGAUUCCAAGCGAAGUUCACCAUCUCUGCUUGCCCGACAACUCCGUCUUCGUCUAGUUGCAGAUAAUGAGUCUGACAUUCCUCGCAACCUCCAGAACAUGGUGGUUUCCAUCCAUGCCAUCGCAACGUUCCAAGCAUUGAAUGAUUACUUGCGUCCCAGAAUUACGGGGUUGAUGUCGACCGGAGGACUGUCUGGAAUGUUAGCAGCUUUGGCAGCCUCCGGAUUUGGCCCAGCAAGUUCGCGCAAUCCUCCGGAAGCCCCAAUGCAAGCAAGCAAGCCUGCAGAGUCUAGCAGUGCUGCAAAACCUGCUUCUGAAACACCUGCCGCUGGCUCCUCGGAGAUUGGCCGACGCCGGAGUUUAAGACUCAGCGCUAAGAAUGGCGGACCAUUAGGUGACAAAAGCGAAGGCAGUCCCGCAACAGUGCCUGCCAUCGGUUCAGUCCAUACUGGCUCGUCAUCAUCUGUUGCCCCUCAAUCUACAGCCCAACGCAUGGAAACCCUUAUUCAAGACGGCGGACUCAUAUCAGACUUUACCGAUGAUGAGGUAGACGCUGAGGUAUUUGAAGAUGACGAUGACAUCGACUCUGCUGCAGACAAGACCGUCACCCUGUCCAUUGCUGAUGACGGCAGUAAGGUGGAAGCGCAGACUCCUGAUGGAACACGAGUUGCAACUCCAAGUACAGCACCUUCGAUUUCAUCAUCUAGACCGCCCAAUCCGAAUAAAACCUCGUAUGCAGCUGCUCUAAAAGCCAAACCGUCGGACUGGCACCUUGAGUUCUCGAUGGAUGACCACCUUCUCCCCCUUGACCUGACAAUAUAUGGCGCCAUUCAUCAGCAUGAAAUCCGUAAGAAGCUUGGACCUGUGCCAUCUAGUUCCAUGUGGCAGGGAAUCUAUACAGUCAAGUUCAAGAAAGUAAAUGGCCCUCCCCCGAGCCAAGAAUCUCGUGCAGACACCUCGGCAUCUAAAAUCCGAUCACCCAGUCCCAUCCUUUCUUCCCUCCCAGAUGAUGCCCCUCAUGCCAAGAUUCUCCGUUUGCUUCGCGUAUUGCAUAGGUUGAAUGCUGCAGAAGCACAACGGCCAGCUAGACCGUUAGAUCGUCGCGCGCUCUCGGAGACUACCUUCAUUAACAACAAGUUAACUGCUAAACUCACUCGUCAGCUGGAGGAACCGAUGAUCGUGGUCAGUUCAUGCUUACCCGACUGGGCACUUGACUUGCCACAAAACUUCCCUUUCCUCUUUCCAUUUGCCACUAGGUACAACUACCUCCAAUCGACUUCUUUUGGAUACGCUCGCCUUAUUCUGAAGUGGCAAAGCCAGCAAGGCCGCAGCCAGGACAGCUCGCGGCGAGACGAGGGUAUCGGUUUUCUUGGACGGCUGCAGCGCCAGAAGGUCCGUAUCUCUCGUAAACACAUACUGGAGUCAGCGGUCAAGGUUUUCGAGCUCUAUGGGUCUUCAUCCUCGAUCUUGGAAGUGGAGUAUUUUGAUGAGGUUGGGACUGGGCUUGGACCUACUCUUGAGUUUUAUUCCCUCGUUUCGAAGGAAUUUGCCAGGAGAGAUCUCAAGAUAUGGCGAGAUGCCGACUCAGCUGCUCCUGGGAUAUAUGUCCAUCACCCUGCGGGACUCUAUCCUGCCCCUAUCAGCCCUGAUGACAUUGCAAAUGAUGGGGGACAAAAACGGACGCACAUCCUCCGAGUUGUUGGCCAAUAUGUGGCGAAGGCAAUGUUGGACUCCCGCAUUAUAGAUCUCUCAGUCAACAAGAUUUUCGUUAAACUCGUGCUAGGGGAGGAAGUGCCUUUGACCAUCGAGUCCUUGAAACUUGUGGACAACGAACUUGCCAGCUCUCUCUCCAAACUCCAGAGCUACGCGUCCAUGAAAGGGCAGAGCGAGAAGCUCUUCCGCAAGGUUGCAUUAAUGGAUAUCGUCAAUGUCGAAGAUCUUGCGCUUGAUUUCACAGUUCCCGGAUACGACAUCGAGCUUCGGCCUGGCGGACGUAACAUUCCUGUGACUUCGGAAAAUGCAGAAGAAUACAUUCACGAGGUCCUGGAUGCAAUUAUUGGCACUGGCGUUCAGCCACAGGCCAGGGCGUUCCGAGAGGGCUUCUCAAAGGUGUUCCCAAUUUCUGAUUUGCAGGCGUUCUCGGCGGAUGAGUUGGUCAUGUUAUUUGGUAAUUCAGACGAAGACUGGGGAGUUGAGACGUUGAAUGAAGCUAUCAAAGCCGACCAUGGCUUCCACAGCGAGAGUCGUGCCAUUCGCGAGCUUGUAGGGAUCAUGUCGGACUUCGAUGCCUUAGCUCGCCGUGAUUUCCUUCAAUUUAUCACAGGAAGCCCGAAACUUCCUAUCGGAGGGUUCCGUGGUCUUAACCCUCCACUCACUGUCGUUCGCAAACCACACGAACCACCACUUGUGGCAGAUGAUUACCUGCCAAGUGUAAUGACCUGCGUCAAUUACCUGAAGCUACCUGAGUAUAGUUCAAAAACAGUGAUGCGAGAGAAAUUACGCAUUGCGAUGAAAGAAGGAGUUGGCAGUUUCCAUUUGUCCUAGUACUUUUCAGCAUUAUAUCAUUGUAUAUGCGCACAAUGUCUCUUGUUCCUCGUUCAUUUGUAACUUCAUAUAUAUAUAGAGAGGCUCACAUUGACAGAAAUCCCUAGUGCACAGUAACAAUAUGAGCGUCCUGUAGAUAGGAGAUUUCCCAUUUUGAUUAUCGGCAACUUGAAAUUACUGAAUCCAGUCA